GAUGGCGAUGAGAAAGCAUGUCUGAAGCACAAAAACGGCUGCUGUUUAUGAAAAUUUACAACUUUGACUUGGAAGUUUACGACGCGCCUGGCUCGGGGAUUGGUCGCUGGCGGUCAUGUGGACAGCAGAAUGGGAACUUAUUUCCCAUGAGGUUAUAUUGCAGCUGCUGUUUUCCACCGCUCAUUCAUUUAACACUAGUAACACAACCUUUUUCUUGGCUCUUUGUUUAUGCUACACGCCUACGCAGUUUUGUUGUGAGACGUGCGUAUUUGUACCAACAAUUGACGGAAGGAUCAAUGUGCGCCAUGUUAAUGUGGCUGUAGCCUAUACUUGUAGCUACAGUAUAUGGUCGGGGGAAAAUGAGGGAUCAUCACAGCCCUGGAUGGUGGGAUUAUUUCAUGAAAUCACUUGAACAAAGUAGGGGAUUCGUGGGGGAAAGACUUGAGAGGAGGAGAGAGGAGGUUUGCGCGGAGUGGCAGCCACACUGGAAAUGAUGGAUUAUCAACAAAGUUCAACUUCUCAUGACCCCUCAGAUUUAUCUGGUGACCCUUUGGAGGGGCCCGACCCCUAGGUUGAGAACCACUGGGUAAAAGCUGCACAUUGCUGGAGAAUAUGACAUCUGUGAGAGUUGCAGGACGGGCCCUUGAAUGUGGGCCAUUGUUCGGCACAUCAUUUAUCUUCUUUUCACUGCCUGCACCGCCUGUAUGGUCGAGGAGGAGUUUUAGUUUUCCAGGGAAAUGUGAGGAGGACCCCAACAAACUGCUCCAAGCCAACACACAGGACGGAGAAUCUGAGAAGAUGAGAUCCAAAGAGAAAAGGCGGUGUGAGCUGCAGGAACACUGUCCACUCUGCUUCACCCCACUGGCAUGCAAAGCCACAUCAUCAUCAUCUAAUGUGAGCAGAGAGCCGCUGCUUUCUCUGCAGGAUUAUUCGAAUCUGGGGAGGUUAUCCAAGGAAAAAGGAAAGAAAGGUGAGAACGAGAGGAAGCUGGUGUGUGUUUGUUUGCGGGGAGCAUUGUUUCAGUGCCGGAUGAAUGUAGGUUGUGGAGGUAAGGCAGCCGGGUGUUGUGCCGCGGACUGGGUUAUGUGUCUUUAUGAUUUACGAGCCUGACUCCAAGCCGCGGUUCACCCAGAGUUCAUAAAGCUGCAUGCCUCCAAACUGUAUUCUCUCUCAGUGCCUCUGCCACCGAAACUCCUGCUUAUUAGUAAUUGUGUUGUGUUGAAUUGCGUUUGAUUAAGAUUUUGAAUCAGAUGUGUUUUGUUCCUUUAUUUCGCGUUUUGGCGCAGAAACACGGCUGAACACGGCGCACAAUGGACGUCUGUAUUAUUUUGUGUUUGAUGGAGAUGGAUGAGAUUUUUAGUAGAUUGUGAAGAUCUUUAAAAAAAUGUCCCUUUAAAAAAUACUUACCGACAGGAUCAUCCAUUAAGAUGAUAAAGGUUGUUAUUUCUUUAUUCUCAUCUAAUCUAAUUUGAGAAAACACAAACAUAUAUAUAUACAAUAUACAAACUAGUAAAACUAAUAUUUUACGAAUUUAUAAUAGAAUAUAACUUAUUUUGGUGGGCCUAUUUAUGUCUGUGUUUUUAUCCUUAGACUAAUUAGCAUUCAUGUGCAUAUUUGCUUUUGGUACCCUUAAUAUCUCACUAUUUUAAAAGAUAAACAAAAAUUCCCCAAACUAAUCUCCUUUUAAUAAACUGAAAUCUGAAUUUUUUGGCUUAUUUUAUCUGCAUUACAACACAAUACAAAAACUAAGGAAAACUGGUUGUAGGCCAGUGCAUUCUGAAUUAGUGUUAGGGGGAAAUAUAAAGACAAUGUUUAAUUUAUUUACAAAUUGUAAAGACUUUUCUCUUAUUGGUGUUUUUUCUCAGGGUGUAUUUUCACCCAACUCUUAUUUCAUGUGCCUCUCAGGCCAGGGAAGGCUCGCUAUUCAUGUCAGCCUACUAUUGAGUUGAUAAGAUGGAUCAUGUGGUCUCCUCCCUGAUUUUCUUCCGUCUUUUUUCUGGAUCCUCUCAGGCCAGAAGCUGCAGGGCUCUCUGGAAACCUGCCAUGUGACAUUUGGCUGCCAGCGCUGCGUCAGAAGGUCAAAGGGGGCCCCGGUGCACAUUUAAUGGAAAAAUGCAGAAAGGCAGUGCGACACAAAACAUCCAGCAGCAUCAAGACGACCUCUUCUUCAGCGAGUCUCUGGAGGCUGUCGGCGGGUUCGGGUGCACAGCCGCACAACAACAACAACAACAACAACAACAACAACUUGCGCAAGUGGAGACGUUUGAGCGCAGAAGAUCCAAACUGCAAAAGUUUCCUGUGAGCAAAAAGAUUUUCCCCUGGAUGAAAGAGUCCAGACCCUCUAAUCAGAAACACGACAGGAGAAUCGCAGAGUGCAUCAGCGUCGAAGAGAAGUGUCCAGGCGCGCCCCCGGCCUCCAAGAGGACGCGCACCGCGUACACGAGCUCGCAACUGGUGGAGUUGGAGAAGGAGUUCCAUUUCAGCCGCUACCUGUGCAAACCGCGGCGCGUGGAGAUGGCCAGCCUGCUCAACCUGCACGAGAGGCAGAUCAAGAUUUGGUUCCAGAACCGGAGGAUGAAGCAGAAGAAGGACGAGCGGGUGCAGGGCCUCACCUCCUCCUGCUCUCCCCCGUCCUCCCCCUCCGCCCCGGGCAGCCCCACUCUGUCGUGCCUGGGUUAUGUCCAUCUGGGCGGGGAUUACCAGCCGGCCUCCCCUCAGCUCAAGUCCCAACAACACCAGGCCCAGCCGGCGUACCCGGAAGAAUACUCAAAAUAUCCCGCUCCAGGCUUUACGCACCGCCCGCAGUUUAACAUGCAGUACGACACGCACACCGACUCACGCACAACAGACCCAGAUGAGGAUAUUAACGGGUCAUAUUUCCAACAGAGAUGCACUCAGGACAGAAUCAUGCAAGCUCCUAAACUGACUCAUCUGUAGCAGACACAUGUCCUCCAUUCUUCACAAAAACAUUCUUCAUUUAAUUUAUAAAAUAAUCCACUGAUCUGUUCUGACGCAUGUAGGCUAUUUUUAUUUAUUUAUAUUGGACGAAUUAUUUUAAAUAUGAGUCUUAUUUAUUUGUGUUGUAUAGGCUUAUGUGCUAUAUUUAUAUUUUAAUUAAAUGUUGUAUUACGUUUACGCAUGGGCUUUUUGUAAAUAUUUUGUUCACACAUCCAGCCCUGAUUUAAAUGUUGGCUGUUAUUUCAGCUACAUAAAUAAACGCAAUUUGUUGAGAUUACA